GCAGAGGAAAACCAGACUCACAAGGAGAUCAAACUCCUAACUCCUUAGUGGUGCAAACAAGAACCUCUGUUUCUCCAAGGGACCACCUGGAACACAGACCAUCACCUAGAACCCAGACCACCUCCUGGAUCUUCUUAAUCUUCUUAAAAUGGUCGUGAUGCUGAAGCCAUGGACGAUGCUGGCGGCCACAGUGGUGUGUGUGCUGGUAUGUCUGGGAGCACUGGCGGAUGCCUACCCCCCAAAACCAGAAAACCCUGGUGAGGACGCACCACCUGAAGAGCUGGCAAAGUACUACACCGCCCUGAGACACUACAUCAACCUGAUCACCAGACAGAGGUAUGGAAAGCGCUCUGCUCAGGAGGAUGUGGUUUCAGAGCUGCUGUUUGGUGGUGACAGCAACAGAGAUCACAGAUCAAGGUAA